UUAGUUUUAGGCUCUUAUUACUUUCUCACAAUUAUUUGUGUGACACAAUCGGUGGCAAAACAAUUGCCGCCAAAUGUCGUCAUAUUUAUGGCGGACGACAUGGGAUGGGCUGACGUGGGCUACCACUCCGACCACAUCCUGACCCCAAACAUCGACACAUUGGCCGCCGAUGGCGUCGUAUUAAACAAUUUCUACGUACAGCCCGCUUGCAACCCAAGUAGGGGUGCCCUACUCACCGGUAGACAUCCCAUACAUUUUGGCUUUCAACAUGGAGUACUAAUGCCUUUGAUGGCCACUGGUUUGCCCCUACACUUUAAAUUAUUACCACAAUAUCUGAAGCAGUAUAGUUAUGCCACACAUAUAGUGGGUAUGUUUAUCUAUAAGAAUAGCAAAUGGCAUUUAGGUUUUAUGAACCGUGAAUACACGCCAACAUACCGGGGCUUUGACUCGCACGUGGGUUAUUGGACUAACAGGCCAUUCUAUUUCAAUCAUACCAAUUGUGACCCAUAUGACCGGGUCAGUUGUGGCUAUGAUUUCCGACAUAACAUGGAUGUCGUCACAAACGCGUCGGGAGUUUAUUCAACACAUUAUUUCACCGACAGAUGCCUUCAUAUCAUCGAUGAGCACAACACAUCUGAGCCACUGUUCCUAUAUAUGCCAUACCAGGCCAUACACAUGUCGGCUGAUAAAUUCCCGGUGGAAGCGCCCCAACAGUACAUCGAUAUGUUUGCGUACAUCGAGUCCGAUAUGAGGCGAGGGUUGGCCGCCGCGGCCUACAGUAUGGACGAGUCGAUCGGUGCGGUUGUCGAGCGCCUACACUCGAGACAAAUGUUGGAAAACAGUAUUAUUAUAUUUAUGAGCGAUAAUGGGGGCACCACUGGCACUCAUUUCGGUAUAAGAGUUCCGGCGUUCAUAUGGAGUCCAUUGUUGAACAAAAGUGGUUACGUGUCGGACGCUAUGAUUCACGUGACAGACAUUUUGCCCACCAUUUUAGAUGCCGUCCAUAACAGCACCGGCAUAUUGAAUGAGCAAUUUAUUUACGGUAAAUCUCAAUGGAAUACACUAUCAAACAAUAAACUCCCGGUGCGAACGGAAAUCAUACAUAAUAUCAAUUACUUUACUAAUACGUCGGCCAUUCGGUGGUACGAUUGGAAACUUAUUCAGGAUAAAACAUUGGAAAGGUCGGGCCUAUGGGUGCGAACUCUGGGCUAUCAAAACAUGGGUCUAAACCGGGAAUCAUUACAAUCCUUACAGUCUAAGGAUCGCGUGAAUAGUAAGUCAUAUCAAGUGUUGUCAAAAAUGAAUAGACGACCCGAUUAUGAGGUGCUGAAGGAGUCGGUGGUUGAGUGCGAACCACAUGAACCUACACACCCGGCCAACAAUGACUGCACAACUGAGUUGUGUUUGUUUAACAUACGGGACGACCCGUGCGAAUACCAUAACCUGAUUGGGGAAACGGAUCCUCAGUUUGUGAAGUUCUUGUGGCAGAAAUUGAUUGCUUUUAACGAGACGUCUGUACCGCCGCUUACACUCCCCUUAAUGAGUUCAAUUGAUCCGCGCAGUGAUCCUAAGCUUUACAAUAAUACGUGGAUUAACUGGUUGGACAGGGAGAGGGAGGACAUGGGGGACAGUAUGGAUAUGACGAGAAGCGAAUUAUAG